AUGGAUGAAGUUUGUUUAGACAAAUUAAAUGAUGUAUUGUGUGGGUUUGAAGAAAUUACAGUGUUACUAAGUAGAAAUACUUAUGUUACAAUUUCUUUAAUAUAUCCAGCAAUUUUCACCUUAGUUAAAACUUUAAAACUUUCACUCCAACAAUCAUAUAUUGAAUUAGCUUCAACAGACAUGAGCAAAUUAGCAAUUCCUGAUUCUGUAAAAGAAAUUAUAGAUGAUACGAAAGACAUUGGCAAAUACCAAC